UUACAUUUUCUCUUCCAUACCAUUCAUGAACAAUCCUGACAAUCAAAAUAUUGCUGUAGCUGCAAACAAAGCUGUCAUUAGCAAAAUGCAAGACAAGAUGACUACAAAAACACUUCAUACAGAGAUUCUGUACAACUUAUCGACCUCUAGAAACAUAACCCAAUCGCUAAUGAAAUUUGGAGUUGGAGAGUCUGAUAAGAACAUGUUAGUGGGCGUAAUCGAAGAGAGUGGUGAGGAUAGAACUGACAAUGUACUUUCGCAUUUCAAGGGAAUUAUUUCUCCAAUUGAGGAGUUACCGAAGUUUUCUGAUACAGCAUUGAUUAAGAAAACAUACAAGAUUAAAGACUCUGAAUUGGCAGUGUCAACAUUGACAGACUCUGUUGUCACAAGAAUUGCUACAAGAGAUUUUACUUCUGUAUAAAAAUAUCUCCUAGGCCAUAUGCUGUGCCACUUCUACCAAAUAUUGUUAAUACAGAUGUAUCUUAAUAAAUAACCUUAUAUAAUGAUAAUGUUAUUAGGGAAAAUAUUUUCUUCUGUAAACAAGGUCUAUAGCUGAGAAAGGUACAUUUUUUAUUAUUUGGCAUCAGAAGAAUUGCAGUCACAGCACUGAAAAAUAUAAUUUUCAACAGUAUCAUCAUCACCGAUAUAUUUCUGCAUUAAGAUGAUAGCUGUCUUUAUUCUCCUUCUGAUAAUGUU